AUGGCCGUCACUGAACUCGCUCUCCUUCGCCUCUUGGCUGGCACCGAAGCUUCAUCUCCGUCAUUACUUGCAAAUCUAGCCAAAGCCAAAAAUGUCAUGGAACAAGCCAGUCGUUUCAAAUUCCACUAUUACCACUGCGUUGAAGAUCCUCGGGUCAUCUAUGUUAUUGGUACAUGGCCAUCAGUCGAAUUCCAUAUGGAACAAUUCAUUCCUGGCCAACCAAAUCAGGAAAUGCUGGCUCUCCUCAAAGACCAAGUCAGUGUAGAAUGGAUGUUUCACUCGGCUAUUGAUCAAACGAUACAACCUCUUCCAUUGGGCAAAGAAAUGGUGGCAAUAGGUCGACACUUUGUCAAGGACGGAGACAAAGCGGCAUUCGAGGCCACCUUCGCUCGCAACAAACACGAACUUGAGUCUUUCAUUGGGGGAGCGGAUCAGGUGGUCGGAGGGUUCAGGCUGGACACAGGUUUCGAUCCAUCAUUGCAGGGAGAGAGGAAGGAAGAAUUCGUUCUCUUUACCGGGUGGGGUAGCGUUGAAGAGCAUUUUGCAUUUGCAAGGACAGAGGGAUUCGAGAGGUACCAGCAGAUCAGGAACCAUCUUGAUGGAGCUGAUAUCAAGCACGCGGUGCCUCUGGGAAAUCCGCUGAAGUGA